AUGUUUACGGACGAUAACUACGUGUUCGGUGAUCAAAAUGUGCAAGUACCAGCCCAUUUGAAUUUCGGCAAGUUCAUUUUAGACCGUCUUCGUCUCCAAAAAAAUGAAGUUGCUUUGGAACUCGGAGAUACACGUGAGAAACUCACAUACAAGGAAUUCACACAAUAUGCCGUCAAUAUGUCCACCGCUUUGACAAAGCUGGGGGUUGGGCGGGGCGACAUUGUUGCAGUCGGAUCCGAAAAACGCAAUGAAUUCGUUCCGACGGUCCUUGCAAUCGUGUUCACCGGGGCGACGUACACCCCCUAUGAUUUAAAGAGCGGGAGAGCGGUAUUAAAACACAAGAUAGGUUUGACGAAACCGAAAUACUUUAUAUGUUCGAAAUUGUUUUGGAAUACGUACAGUGACAUAUUGAGGAGUUUUGAUUGCAUAGAGAAGUUUGUAACACUAGAUGAAGGCACGGAGUCAGUAAUUUCUAUCAGAACUUUGAUCACGAAUGAUGCUGACGUAAGUAAGUUUGAGCCAGUGCAAGUUCAGGGACAGAGUGACAUCGCCUUCAUUUUGUAUUCGUCGGGCACCACAGGCAUGCCAAAAGGCGUACAACUGACACAUUUAAAUUGCAUCCUCAAUAGUCUGCCUGAUGAGUUUCCGAAAGUUAAAAAUAUCCUGCAAGGGUACGGCAUGACGGAGGCUGGUGAGUUAACGUCAGAGAGCUGGGGAACAAAAGGACCCAAGUCAGGUAGCGUUGGCAUGGCUUCCCCUGGCAUAACUUUAAAGGUCGUUGAUCUCGAAACCCGUAAAACUGUGGGUCCCAACCAGCGAGGUGAAAUAUGUUUGAGGGGACCAGUUCUCAUGAAAGGUUACAUCGGCGUCCCGCCAUCAAAUUACUUAGACGAAGACGGCUUCUUCAAAACCGGAGACUUGGGUUAUUUUGAUGAAGACAGGUAUUUCUAUAUUGUAGAGAGAUUGAAGGAAAUCAUAGUGUACGAUGGUUAUAAGGUAGCUCCAUUAGAACUGGAAACCAUUCUACAAUUACACCCAGGAGUUCGUGAAGCUGGUGUAGUUGGUAAACCAGUGAAGGUGUAUGGAGAGGAACCGACUGCUUUUGUUGUUAAACAACCGGGUGUCAAUGUUACUGAGAAGGAGCUCUUAGACUAUGUAGCUGAGGAGGUGCGGUAUAAAUAA